CAUUGAAUAAAAGCUUAAAUGAAUUAUUUCAAGUUUGAAUAAAUUGCGCCUAUUAAUCCAUCACCCAUCUCAUUCAUUAAUUCAUUAAUCUUCAAGCAUGUUUCGCAACAAAUUUACUUCUCUCUCUAUUACAUGUUUAAUUUUGUGUCUCAUCUCAAACCCUUCACCCUCAUCAUCCUCAAAUGAUCACAGCUUUCAGAUUCUCGACGUCUCAAAAUCAUUACAACAAACUCGCAACGCUUCCUCUCCAUCUUCAACCCACCACUUCAACUCCGCUCUCUCUCUAACUCUCUCCUCUCUCCCCUUCAACUCCAACAGCAACUACACCUCCCUCACCCUCUCCCGCUUCACCCGCGACCAAGCCCGCGUCCGCCACCUCCUCCAUCAUCACUCCCUUUCUCUCUCUAAAUCCAAAUCCAAAUCAAGAAACCCUAAUUUCCAAUCCCCCGUCACCUCCGGAUUUGGGCAGGGCACGGGUGAAUACUUGGCCCGAAUCGGGGUGGGUCGACCCGUCAAACAAUUCUACAUGGCCAUCGACACCGGCAGCGAUGUCAGCUGGCUCCAGUGCCGGCCUUGCUUCUCCUGCUUCCAGCAAUCAGACCCCAUCUUCAACCCCUCCGCCUCCUCCACUUACAAGUCUCUCUCCUGCACCUCCAAACAAUGCGCCGCGCUCGAUACCUCCGCAUGCUUCAGAGACAACUGCAUCUACCAGGUCUCCUACGGCGACGGCUCCUACACCGUCGGCAACUUCGCCACCGAAACCAUCUCCUUCGGCUCAUCCGGAUCCGUCUCCGGCGUCGCCAUCGGCUGCGGCCACGACAAUGAGGGCUUGUUCACCGGUUCGGAGGGCUUGUUAGGCCUCGGCGGCAGCUCCUUAUCUCUGCCCUCGCAAAUCAAAGCCACCUCAUUUUCCUACUGUUUAGUCGACCGCGACUCACGCUCCUCGUCGACUCUCGACUUCAACUCCACCGCGCCGGCGGACUCCGUCGUGGCGCCGAUGCUCUCCAACUCAUUCAUCAAGACGUAUCUCUACGUCGGCCUCACCGGGAUCAACGUCGGCGGAAGGGCGGUGCGGAUCCCGCGGGGCGCGUUCGCCAUCGGGCGGCGGGGGAGCGGCGGGGUGAUCGUGGACUCGGGGACGACGGUGACUAGGUUUCCGGCGGCGGUGUACGAGUCGCUGCGAGACGCGUUCAGGGACAUGACGCGGAACCUGCGGCGCGCCGGCGGGUUCUCGCUGCUGGACACGUGCUACGAUCUCUCUUCAUCGCGGACUGUAAGGGUUCCGACGGUGUCGUUCAAGUUCUCCGGCGGGAAGACGCUGACGCUGCCACCGGAUAAUUACCUGAUGCCGGUGGAUGAGAGCGGGAAAUACUGCUUCGCGUUCGCCGGAACGGAGGGGUCGCUGUCGAUCAUCGGUAACACUCAGCAGCAGGGGACACGUGUCACUUUCAACCUCGCUAAGAAAUUUAUUGGGUUUAGCCCUAAUAAGUGCUAGUGCUAGUCUAUUAAUUACAGCAAAUAAAUCCAACUUAACACUUCAAUUUUCAACAAAUAAUUUCAAGAUAUAGCAUAUUGUUAAUUGGUUAUUUUCUUUAAUUUCUUUAAGUCAAUAAUUAAAUGGAAGAGAGUUGAAUGAUAGAGCAAUUUCUUCUUAUUCUAGCCGUAAUUAUUAUUGUAUUAUACACAUAUAUAUGUAGCUCGAUUAAUAGAUAAAGUUGAAUUUCAAUUUAA